ACAACGGAGGUCGGUGCGCGUAGUUCUUUUUUUCCUCCUCACGGUGGUGCGUGCUUGGAAAAACAGCCUGGGAUCGUGAAGCAAAAAAUAAACAAACGGAGGAAAGUUUGCUGUUGUCCAGUGUCGCUGUGCCCUCUGGAGUUGUGCUCUUUUAUUCUUCUACGAAAUUCAGAAAAAGUUUUUCCUGUUGUAAAACACCUCUUUGCAUCAACCCCGAAACAAGUUUUUUUUAUGGUGAAAUUUUCGUCUGUGAAAAAUUUGUAAAUCCUUCAUGUUUACUGUCUUGAAAGAGGAUUUCAGUCAUCCAUCGAUUCCCGACAGUCUUUCAAAAAGUUUUCAACUUUCAGGAAAUCAUUUCUGACCGCCGCGCUGUUUGGUGAUUGUUAAAUUCCUCUUGUGCAUUGUGCAAUAAAUCUACCCAGGAAAGGAAAUUCCUUGCAAAGGUGGUGCCUGAAAUUUCGACUCCCGUUGGUGCAUACCAAGACCAAGCAACGUGAUCUGCCCAUAAGUUCGCAGUGAGGCAUUUGCAAUUUUGCUAGCUACCACAGAUUGGUACGCCGAGUGGUACAUCCCACCCUUUGCGUGCCCGCUUCAGAACCCCUGCGAGUACUUAUUAUUUCUUGUGUUUUGGAUGGCCCACAUUGAUCGUGCUUUAUGAAGAGUGAGCCAUACCCUUUAGAACAUUCCCUGGCUAUGCAGUACGAAGACGGAAUGCCGCACUACGGCGGGAUGGACGGUCCGACGUCGCUGUAUGACCCGCACGGGCACAGGGCCAUGCAGCCCCUAAGCCAUGCCCCGCACAUGAACCAUACCCCAUCUAUGCACCAGUACCACAGCAACCAUGUGUCAGGAGUCAUGGGCAACCACAUCAUGGGCUCCGUGCCCGAUGUGCACAAGAGAGAUAAGGAUGCCAUCUAUGGGCAUCCCCUGUUCCCUCUGCUGGCUCUCAUCUUUGAAAAAUGUGAACUGGCCACGUGUACACCCAGGGAGCCCGGAAUCGCUGGGGGUGAUGUUUGCUCAUCAGAAUCCUUCAACGAAGACAUUAAUGUCUUCGCCAAACAAAUAAUGGCUGAAAACCCUCAGUACUCAUCAGACGACGAGUUAGAUACUCUUAUGGUUCAAGCAAUUCAAGUGUUAAGGUUUCAUUUACUAGAACUAGAAAAGGUGCACGAACUGUGUGACAAUUUCUGUCAGCGCUACAUCAGCUGUCUGAAGGGUAAAAUGCCCAUCGACCUCGUCAUUGACGAGAGAGACAGCAAACCCGGCGAUCUCGGUGACAACAACAACAACAGCAGCAAUGGUGGUGGUGGUGCCGGCGGCGGCAACAGCGGUGUUGGAGGUGGCAGAGGAAAUCCUGACACCACAGGACACAGUUCUGACAACUCGUCCACACCUGACCAAUCUUUUAUCCCCUACCAGAGGCCUCCGUCACAGUCCCUCAACUCCUACAGUACGGGUCCAGAGGACGCGAGGUCGCCCGCUGGUUCCACGGGCACGCCGGGGCCCAUCUCUCAACAACCCAGCUCACAACUGAGUACAGACAACAACAGCGAAGCCGGUGAUGCGAGUAUUGGAUCCGGAGAUGGAACGGGGGAAGACGAUGACGAUGACAGGAGUAAAAAGCGACAGAAAAAAAGAGGAAUUUUUCCCAAAGUAGCCACCAACAUAAUGAGAGCAUGGCUUUUUCAGCAUCUUACCCAUCCCUACCCGUCUGAGGACCAAAAGAAACAGCUGGCUCAAGACACGGGUUUGACAAUACUUCAGGUCAAUAACUGGUUUAUUAAUGCCAGAAGGCGAAUUGUUCAACCUAUGAUUGACCAGUCAAACCGAGCUGGAGGAGCUAGUGCUGCGUACGGACCAGACGGCGCAGGCAUGGGUUAUAUGAUGGAUGGCAGCCAACAGAUGCAUAUUAGGCCCCCAGGCAUGCAAAAUCUAUCAUGCAGUGAGGGCGCUAUGGGCAUGGGCCACAUGGGUGGCAUGGGCGGCUACACGCAGAUGUCUCAACUCCGAUCCCCGGUCCAUUCCCAAGCCAUGCUUUUGCCCGGGCACCCGCACGCCAUGAUGAUGGCUCACGGACCCAUGGGGCACCCGGGGCUCCCGCCCCAAGGGUCUCCAUAUGACGCGUCUGGUGGACAUAUUAUGGACAUCCACGCCAGUUAAGCUGCUCAUGCGCAGACGAUGAAAGUUGGAACAACAUCCAUUUCUUUUUCUGUAUCCAGUUCUUCUCUUAAAUCUUCUCAUCACGUGUUCAACGGAAGAAACGGGAAGGGGAAAGAACUCUUUCGGAUGGAUUGGUUUUUAAUUCUUUAUUUUAUCCCGUCAUGGAAUAUUUACUAUGUAAUGUUGAGAUUGCAGAGUAGAACCUUCUCCAAAUCUUUGAUUUAUUUCUUUAAAGUCAUCUUUGUUCGGAAAAAAUCGACGUCAUGAAAGACUUGUACCCAAAAUAGAAGAGAACAAUUUUGCUUUAAUAAAGAUAAAUGUAAUCUUGAAUGAUAAUGUAAAUUUUAUAUGUAAAAAGCAUGUAAAGCAUAACUUUCUUUUACUAAAAUGCGAGAGAUGUUAUUCAAAAGUUUGAAAUCAUAACCCAACAGAAUUAUUUGCUCUAUUUACGAUUAGUUGUUCGUGUUCUGAGAUAAUUUAUUUUGUUCAAUUUUGGAGGUUAAAACUAAGCUUAAAUCUUAACAGGAAACCCAGUAAAUAAAACUGCAUGUUACUUUUUCCCUCGCAAGUGAAAUUAAAAAGUUAGAGAGAUAUUGAAUUCCCAAAUGUCUAAAUAUUCUAUGUAUUGGAAGACUGGAAUUUUUAAUGACACCAGAAUUUGGUGGAAUGUGUUCGAGAACUUUUGAAUAACAUGUCUACUUAUUUGAGAAAAGAAAUAUCUUCAAUGCUAUCAAAUUCAUUGAUUUGGUACUGAAAAUUAAAAAUUAUUGUAAGAAGUCAGCAGCUCUAGAAAAUAAAAAUCAAUCUGUUUGUCUAAGAUUUUACUUUAUACGACAAGAAAUAUUUGUUAUUAUGAACUUAUCUUCCCCAAAAAUUGCAGUAAAAUGAAGACAAUUUUGCAUUGGGAUGAAAAGUAGUUUACGUUUUGUGUAUUGUAAAUAGAAAGAUUCACACAAAUUAUGAACAUUUUUGUUAGUGCGCCCUUUCUUCUCUAAACAAAGGGACACUUGGGUCAUUGAUCUAAAAAGCGAUUAAUAUAUUAUAUGUAAUUAAACCUUUUAUUAAAUCAUUUUGUUGCCAAUCAUGUUGUUCUUAAAUAACAGUGAGACUUAUCUCUUUCAAAAGAAUAAGCUGAAAAUUUUCAAAAAUGUUUAGCUCUUUGAAAUUACUUUCUACCUUCGAAGAUUGGAGCUGCUCAUAAAAGUUGUCUUAUGUUAUGCAGCCUGCCGUCAUUGAUCAAUCAAAUUUUAUACCCACUAAUCGUCAUAAUUUAAGAUUCAUAACAUCCUACUACACUCCAUUUCAUAGUAGGGCACGUCGUAUAUAUAUAAUAGACCCGUUCAUCCCUGAAACUAAUGAACAUUUGAGUCAUUGAAAUGAUUAAUUACAUAAUGGACCUGAUCAAAGAUCUUAUGUGUACCGCCAUCACUUUUUUAAUUGAAGAGAUUUAAUUGCAUUGAAAAUUUAAAUAUUGAAGCUUUUUUCGAUACUUCAACUAACAAUGUCAGUUAUUUGUGCAGGCAUAUAGAGUAUAUAUUUAUGUGGACAGAUGGUAUUUUUUAAACAUUUUUUUUUAAAUCCAGAAGACCAUUUCAAAAAAUUAGGAUUUUUUUUUAAAUUAACGAAGUCUACACCAAUAAAAGAGACUUGAUGACCUAAUUUCCACUCUUUAAAUGUCGAUUACUAAUUUUGAAAAUAAAAAAAACGUGAUUGUGACCAAAAAAUAUAUAUAUAAAUAUAACAUCUUUUCAUCUCAGCAGAUUCACCCAAGAAAUUACUAAGCUCAUUUAUUCAUCAAACACAUAUUAUUAACCUGAAUUAUAUAUAUAUAUAUAAAAGAAAAGACAAAUGACGGUAGGCCAUGCAUCCAGUUUUUUAAUCAAACCUAUCUCAUUUACCAUACCUUAAUAUAUGUAUUUCAAAAAGUACUGACGAAAUUCUAUGCGCCCGGUCUUUUAAUCAAACCUAUUUUACUAACCAUACCUUAAUAUAAAGGAAAGAUUAAUGACGGAAUGCUAUACAUCCAGUCUUUUGAUCAAACCUAUCUUACUAAGCAUACCCUAAUACGAAAGAAAAAUUAAUGACGGGUUGAUAUGCAUCCAAUCUUUUAAUUAAACCUACUUUACUAGCCAUAACUUGAUAUAGAAAAAUAAAAACGGAUUAAUAACGGACUGCUAUGCAUCCAGUCUUUGUUAUGAUUGAGAAACGUUGAACACAGCAUUAUCUAAUUUUAUGGUCAGUAAAUAGAGAUAAAGGGCAUUAAAAUCUAUUGUAAAAGCGCCACCAGUAUUUCGGAAGUGCUCAAAAUCUGUGCAGUUCUUGGCGCUAGUGCUCAUUGAUUGAUGAUGGAUUCACUGUUAAAGCAGCCGGUGACAGUGUUUUGGUGGCCUAAAAGGUAAAUUAUAAAAUUGCCGUCAAAAUGAAGGAAACCUGUAUAAUUAAUAAAUGGUUGUGUAUAUUUAAAAAUCACUUUUAAAUGGAAAAAAUGCUUUUUAGAAACUUAGAUUUUUACGUUGUACUAUGGGUUCAACCCCCUUUUUGUAUUUUAAGACCAUGAUACAGAAAAGCUUGUUUACAACUUUAUCGAAAUCUCAACUUUGUUAUUUUAUUGAAUGUAUUUAUUUCUUGUGCAUAUACUUUAACCUCUAUUAAACUGUCAAAGUAUACUUACGUAAAAUUGAAAGCAGCUGAAAAAAAGAAAAAUAUUAAGUUUGAAAAUCUUAGCUCUUUGUGUACAUGAAAAGUUAAGUAAUAAUGAGAAUUGGGCAUUUUCUUUGCCGGAAAUACCUUGUUUAGUGUUCAAUUCAAUUCCCAUUCAAUGUGAAGUGAAAAAGAAAUAUAUAUAGCAGCUAAUGAUAUUUCUUUACAACAAUCAGUAAAUAAUAAAAGAGAAAUGAACGUGUGUAGUGCGGCUUCGAUAAAUUGAGCUACGACCUUUUCAAUAUUUAACUCUUUUAAGAGAGUUCAGUGAAGAGGGGAUGAGUUAUUGGCGCUAAUUUGAGUUGGAAUACUUUUGCAAAACUACUACGCAAGCAAUCCAUCUCAACCAAGUGCCAAUUACCCUUCCCUAUUACCCCAAAAAAGGUAAACAUUUUCAAGGUCAUGACUCAAGUUAUCAGAGCCAUACUAUAAUCCUCAAAACGUAGAUAUCAAUAUCAAUACAUGCAGACAAAUUUUCUUAGUCUUAAGUCUAAUCACUUUAAACAUUAAAAAAGAUAAAGACAAUAAAACUCAUAAGUUUGGCUAAAUGUUCUACCACAGUAGUCGCAAAUAAAGAAAAUUUGCAACAUUUAUUUCUUAUAAACAAGCUUUUCUGUAGCUUGUAUGUUACAUAUACAUAUGCAAAGCAACUUGCAAUUUUUCUUGUUGAAAUGUCAUUUUCUUCCCCCUUGUGGGUUCUUAUACAUGUAUAAUUUUCACAAAACUGCUCUGUAUAGAGGGAAGAAUUUUUGUCUUUCAAAUAUAUCGGGCAGUUCUUGUUCUGUACAGAUAACAGGUGGCAAUGCAUUGUAUGUGAGGUAGUGUUGUAAUCCGCCAGCUCGCUGGUGAUUUGUUGUCAAUGAUUUAAAAUGUAAUAAAUAAAGACAUGU